AUGUGUGUUCCUGAAUAUCAUCUGCUUACAACGAGCACUUUCGUCGCGGCAGUAAAGCAGUACGUGACCGUGUCGAAAUGCGGUUCUACGAAAAAAGAAGGUUCGCCAUCAAAGACGCGAUUGUCUACUUUUUCUUUACACAAUAGUAACAAGGAAAUGCUCGCCAAGACACUUGAAAUCAAUUGGCAUGAUGGGCAAGCUAUAUACUCGGUUGAUUUCUCACCUGAUGGCUCUCGAUAUGCAACAGCAGGCGCAGAUAAUUCAGUGAGAAUUUGGAGCAUUCACAAGAGGUCCGACAGUUCAAGCUCGAGCAACUCCAACAUAGCCAUCGAAGAUAGAAAACAGCAGCAUCAAAGCAAAAAGCUGGUGGAUUCCCUGCCUGUAAACAUUGAUUUCUUGUCUGAACUGAAAAGACACUCUUCACCUGUGAAUGCUGUGCGUUUUUCACCAAAGGGGGAUUUGAUUGCCUCAGCAGGAGAUGAUACUUCCAUUAUCAUCUGGAGAUUAUCAGCAGUGAAAGAGACAACUUUUGGAAGCGACUACAACGAUUACGAAAAGGAGAGCUGGUCAGUUGUAAACAUGUUCUAUGGCCAUACAAAGGAAAUCUAUGAUCUCGCAUGGUCGCCUUGUGGAAACUACUUUAUCACAGCAUCGAUUGACAACACAGCUCGAGUAUGGAGCUUGGCAGAAAAUCAUACGCAUUAUGUGCAAGGUGUUACGUGGGACCCACUAGGUCAAUAUGUGGCUACACAGUCCAGUGACAGAUCAAUGGCUAUUUACAAGUACAAAAACACGGCAAAUGGAAAACUGGUGUUUGGAUCCGUCUCGAGAAAGUUUUCAAGAAUCGAUAAAGGGAAGAUUGCAUCCAACAACACAACCAUAGACGAUUUGGCAGUGGCAGCAACAGGGUCAUUUCGAUUGUAUCAUGACGAGAAUUUAGUGUCGUUUUUUAGAAGACUAUCCUUUAGUCCUGACGGAGCACUAUUGAUUACGCCAGCAGGCUUAAACAAGCCAACAACAGACGCAAAUGCACAGACUAGUGCAGACAUGGAUGAAAAUGGAGAGGAAUUGCUGAACUGUGCAUACAUCUAUCCUCGAAACACCAUGCUAAAACAUCCCAUUGCAUUCAUUGGCAACCACCCAAAGCCCUCUAUUGCCAUCCGCUGGUGUCCCAUGCUAUUCAAUAAGAGAAAAGAUGCGUCCUCAGCAUUCGCAUUGCCUUACCGCAUGCUUUACGCUACAGCUACACAAGAUUCAGUUUAUAUUUAUGAUACCCAGCAAUGUCGUCCUAUAUGUGCCAUAUCAGGAAUGCACUUUGCUCCUAUUACUGAUCUUGCUUGGUCUCAUGACGGAUCCAUUCUCAUGUUCUCUUCUGCUGAUGGCUACUGUUCUGCAGCCGUCUUCUCACAAGGUGAAUUGGGUACAAAAUAUGAGAAAUUGCCAGAUUACAACGCAGCCGAGCAUGACAUUGAAAUGAUGGAUAUUCCAGACUCUACAACCGCAACCACAACAAAUACUAACAUGUCACAAAAGCGCAGGGUAUCAGCCUCAAUGACAACAUUAACCACAUCUGCACCAGCAACAACAAUACAUCAACAAACAGUGACGCCCUCUUCUUCAUUAUUAGCAACUCCUGUUAUGGUUGAAAAGACUAAAAAAAGAAGAAUAACGCCAAUCCUAAUCAGCACUCCUUUAGAACAGCAACAACCUCCUCCUUCUUGA